AUGCGGUACGCGUACUCGCACGCUUUUAUAAUGGCGGACGCCCCUUGGCGACGCGCGGACACUCUGUCGCGAACUUACCGCCUUGUUUGCCGCGCUGCGUUCGCCCAGAACCCGGUAGCUGGACGACUCUUCGUCUUUCAUCCAGAUGAUGGGAGGCGACAAAACGGUGAUGUUACCGCAUCGCUCGAAACACAGAGA